GCGGCGGCGGAGGGGGGGGGCAAGGAUCUCGGACGGUUUUGUGCGACGGGGGCUGCUGCUGCUGCUGCUGCGGGCGGCUUCCGCCUCGGUACAAUGGGGCGGCGAUAAGGCGGCGGCCGUGGCAGCGCGGGCGAGGAGGCGGAAGCGAGGAGGCUGCGGCCCGAAGGGCGGUUAGAUCGGUUACCGAGGAAAGAGCGAACAGCUAAUAUGAUGGGAGAUGCCGCAAAACCGUGCUUUGCCAGACGUAAUAAGGAGCGGGGGAUUUUAAAUGAGGAGGAUUUCCAGAAGUGUGCUUUACGUCACGAUUACCAAGCAAUGGAUGAUUAUGGAAAUGGACACGGCAACAAGAUGGACAUAGGGAUUGAGAAAAGAAAGGGAGCACUGGGUCACUAUGGAACAAGUCCCCGAAAGGGAGCACACGGUGUUUCAAAUCACCCGAAUUCUUCUAAAAACACUGUUCACAAUCAAGGGAUGAGGAUAAAUGAAGCCUCAAAGGACCAAAUUAAAAAGUGGGUGUCUGACAACCAUCAUGCUAAUUUAGACAGUUGGAGAGAGUACAGGUCUACACCCCGGGUUCCUGCGGUUAACAGAACAAGGAAGGAUUCUUCUCAUGAGCGCGAGAGCCAAGGAAACAGAAAUGGAAGGAAGCAGCUCCAGAGAGACUUAACAAGUGACGAUUUAUCAGAUAGGAAAGGAAAUUCUGAAACAAAGAAACAUAGGAAGCCAAGAAGAUCAAGACGGAUAAGAAAAGAAGAAAACGAUCAAGAGGAGGAUAUGGAUGGGCCGGUUAUAGAUGAGUCUUUGCUGACAGCAAAAGAAUUGCUAGGGCUUCAACAGGCUGAAGAACGACUUAAGCGAGACUUCAUUUACAGGCUGAGGAAGCGCCCUCGAAGUUACCCAACAGCCAAAUAUACUUGCAAAUUAUGCGAUACUUUGAUUGAGUCGGUGGCUUUUGCUCAUAAGCAUAUAAAAGAAAAGAGACACAAGAAAAACAUAAAGGAAAAGCAAGAACAACAACUGCUGACUGCCCUACCUCCACCAACGCCUUUGCAGAUUGAAGCUAUUGGUGUUGCCAUUGAGAAAGUAGUGCAAGAGUUUGGUUUAAACAAUGAAGACUUGGAACAACGGCUUGGAGUUAAAACUGCCAUGGAAAGUGUAUUGCAUCAGAAAUUGCCAGAUUGUUCUCUAAGACUGUAUGGCUCUUCUUGCAGCAGAUUUGGUUUCAAAAACUCAGAUGUAAAUCUAGAUAUCCAGUUUCCAGCUAAUAUGUCCCAACCAGAUGUUCUCUUACUUGUACAAGAGAGCCUGAAGAAUAGUGAAUCUUUUGUUGAUGUUGAUGCAGAUUUCCAUGCUAGAGUGCCUGUGGUGGUGUGCAAAGAAAAACAAAGUGGCCUUGUUUGCAGAGUAAGUGCUGGGAAUGAAAACGCUUGGCUGACAACAAAUCACUUGGCUAAACUAGGAAAACUAGAACCUCCUCUUGUGGCCCUGGUAAUUGCCUUUAGACACUGGGCCAAGCUCUGUUGUGCAGAUCGUCCUGAAGAGGGUGGCUUACCACCUUAUGUCUUUGCUUUAAUGGUCAUUUUCUUUCUGCAACAGAGGAAAGAACCUUUUCUGCCUGUAUAUUUAGGAUCAUGGAUUGGAGGGUUUUCAUUGAACAAACUAGUGAACUUCAAUCUAAAAGAAGUUGAAGAUGACAUUGUGGUCUGGGAGCACAAUCCUGCUGUCGAGGAUCCUGGCUCUUCAAAGGAAACUUCUCCUAAGCGGGGAAAGGUUCCUUUAGUGUUUGAUUCGGAUCAUCAAUGUUUAGUCCCAGUUGGACAGCUCUGGGUUGAACUGCUUCGUUUCUACGCCCUGGAGUUUAAUUUGGCUGACUUAGUCAUUAGCAUACGCCUCAAAGAAAAAGUGUCUCGUGAAUCGAAGGACUGGCCUAAAAAGCGGAUUGCUGUGGAAGAUCCUUACUCUGUGAAGAGGAAUGUGGCAAGAACCCUUAAUAGUCAACUAGUUUAUGAAUACAUUCUUCACUGCUUACGGGCAACUUACAAGUAUUUUGCCUUGCCCCAUAAACAAAGUACAAAAAACAACCAAAAGAGACCUGCUGAAUCCUUGGUACUGUCAGAGCCGGAGAAGAGCGCUCCUAAACCUGGCAUCCCUGACAUACAAAAUGCACAUGAUGAGGCAGAGAAAUCGCCAAUGGACAGCUGUGUAACUGCUAGCGUGAAAAGUUCUUAUUUUCCUCAGGAACCUGCGUUAGAUCCUUCUCAGGUGUUUGGUGCUGAAAGCUUUGUGGAAGAGCAGUUGGCAGAUGAUAUAGAGCAUUUAGGUGUUUCCCAUGAGGACUCAGACUGCAUAAUUGAAGAAUUUAUUUCAGGCGACAAUGAGGAAUAUAAACCGAGCUGUGAGGAGACAGAGAGUGGAAAUGAAGAGGAAGAAGAAGAUGGGCACGAACGGGAUAGAAAAUGGCAGGGACGUUUGGGUAUCAAUCAAGGUUUGGAUGAAGACAGUGAAAGUGGAGACCUUGCCGUUCCAGCUGGUGAGCAUGAUGUUGAAACUGACAGCAUUUCCGAUAUGGAGAAUUAUCAGAAUACAGUAGCUGCUCUUGACGGGUUUGGUUCAGAAUGCGGCGGUGGACUAGACGAUAAGGUUGACAUGGAUGCAGAGAGCACAGAAGGAACUGAUGAACUGGAUGAUUCCCUGAUCAAACUGGAACCAGCAAUCCAGGAGCAAGUAUUUGAAAUGGAUAAUUCGGAGGAGGAGGAAGUGGAAGAAGAGGAGGAGGAGGAAGAAGAAGAAGAGGAGGAAGUUCACAGUAUCAUAAACCAGAGACAACUUGGUAAUGUUAUCAAUACUGAAGAUGAGCUGGAUAACACAUACACUGGAUCUGGCGUUGAAGAGCCUCUAUCGGAAGAGGAAGAAUUGUUUAUUUCUGUCAAAUAUGAAGACAGUGAGUUUAGGAAGAAUGCAGAUGAACUUCCAAGGGCAGAUUUGGAUAAAGAAGAUAAUGUUGAAAAAGAAGCGUCUUUGGAAAGCAACAUGCUCAUAGAUCAAUGUGGCAAAUCUGACUUCUUCUAUGAGUUUAAUAAAUACUCUUUCACAAAAGGCAAGUCACCUACAGUUGUGUGUAGCCUAUGUAAGCGAGAAGGUCAUCUAAAGAGGGACUGCCCAGAAGACUUCAAAAAAAUUGAGCUAGACCCUUUGCCACCAUUAACACCCAAGUUCUUAAAUACUUUGGAUCAAGUGUGCAUCCAGUGUUAUAAGGACUUUGCUCCAAACAUUAUAGAAGACCAGGCUCGUGAAUAUAUACGGCAAAAUCUUGAAAAUUUCAUCAGACAAGAGUUUCCAGGCACUAAAUUAAACUUAUUUGGCUCUUCAAAGAAUGGAUUUGGCUUCAAGCAAAGUGAUCUCGAUAUUUGUAUGACAGUUGAUGGUCUGGAGACAGCUGAGGGACUUGACUGUAUAAGAAUUAUUGAAGAACUUGCAAGAGUGCUCAAGAAACAUUCAGGUCUAAGAAAUAUAUUACCGAUAACAACUGCUAAAGUGCCAAUUGUCAAGUUCUUUCAUGUACGAAGUGGUCUGGAAGUAGACAUCAGCUUGUAUAAUACAUUGGCUCUGCAUAACACAAGACUCUUGUCCUCUUAUGCAGCUAUUGAUCCAAGAGUAAAAUAUCUCUGCUAUACAAUGAAAGUAUUCACAAAGAUGUGUGAUAUUGGUGAUGCAUCUAGAGGCAGCCUAUCUUCCUAUGCCUAUACUCUAAUGGUGCUCUACUUCCUUCAGCAGAGAAACCCUCCUGUCAUUCCUGUACUUCAAGAGAUAUACCAAGAGCCCAAGAAACCCGAAAUUCUAGUUGAUGGCUGGAAUGUCUAUUUCUUUGACAAAACAGAUGAACUGCCUACAGUUUGGCCAGACUUUGGUAAAAACAAAGAAUCCAUUGGUGAAUUAUGGCUAGGACUUCUACGUUUCUAUACUGAAGAAUUUGAUUUUAAAGAGCACGUUAUCUGCAUCCGAAGAAAAAGUUUGCUUACAACAUUCAAGAAGCAGUGGACUUCAAAAUACAUAGUUAUUGAAGAUCCCUUCGACCUGAAUCACAAUCUUGGAGCUGGUUUGUCAAGAAAAAUGACAAACUUUAUAAUGAAGGCUUUUAUAAAUGGUCGGAGGGUGUUUGGCACCCCGGUAAGAGGAUUUCCUAAAGAAUACUCUUCAAAAAUGGAGUAUUUUUUUGACCCAGAGGUGCUGACAGAAGGCGAACUGGCCCCAAAUGAUCGAUGUUGCAGAAUUUGUGGUAAAAUUGGGCAUUUCAUGAAAGACUGUCCCAUGCGGAGAAAACCCAGAAGACGGCAUGAGAGUGAAGAUCUUAAAAACCAAAGAUACACAGAAAACAAAGAAAAAAGAAGUAAAGAGGAAAAAGAGACCCCUGUUAAAAUUGCAGAAAGAGAUGUCCUGCUAAAAGAUGGGAGAUUGCAGAUAUGUACACCUAACAAAAACAAAUUGGGUAGGGGAGCAAUGGAAACUGCAAAAGAGAAGACACCCAAGCAGCCAGCAGAGAAAUGGAAGCGACAGGAAGACAGAGAAAAGCGUUGCUUUAUUUGUGGAAGGGAAGGACAUAUUAAAAAGGAGUGCCCUCAGCACAAAGGAGCUGCAGGUGCCUUGAAGUUGGAAAGUCCAUGUGGGUCCCCUUUAUCCAGUGCUGUUAAGCACUCUGGUCGAUUGAAUCAGGGACUGCUUUUACAAGAAGAAAAAAAGAAACAGAAAGGAAGAAUAUUCUUGAGUCCCCAGUCAGGCAGCCUUUCCAGUAAAUAUAUGACUCAGGGAAAAGCUUCACAGAAGAGGCCUCAUCAAGAUUCAUGAGGGAUUGAAGCAAUCUUACGUUGCAAUACAGACCGUCCAUUUCCUUAAAUGUUUAUUUUCUUUAUAGCCUCCAGGUUCACAAAACAGCAGCACAAACAGUCUUCAAUAUAAGUUUAAAGAAAACACAUUUUAUUUUAAUUAAAUUGCUAAAGAUAAAAAGCAAUGGAUUUUAAUGUUUGUUCAUACCAUGAAUCCCAGCUCUUAAUAGAUGAGCAUUUUAAUAGAAAACUAUGUUUUUGUAUUUACUAGGUAAAACAUGUAGAUCAGGGAGGUUCCUAACUCAAACCACUUCUAAGAGUUUCUACAUUCGAUCAGAAUGUUUUGAGUGCACUUAAAUGAUGUGCAAGCCAAAUAUAGUGUCUCCUUCAAAAUAUUAUAUUUGAAGGAUUUAAAGGGUAUUUAUUAAUUAUGAUCAUUUACUGAUUCCUUGCGUAAAAGUGUUUUGAAAUGUUUCUGGAUUGCUACUGCCGUAUUUGCAAAUAUUUUAAUCUGUGGGGAGCUAACACAUGGACGUAAGCAAACUUUUAUGUAAAAUCUCUGUAGAAAAGCAGUGCCAUUGAAUGAAUUCUUCCCUUUGUUGUUUUAUGGUUUGAUAUGCUGCUGUGCUUCUGUACGGAGAGGCUGAGAGGCUGGUUCUGUUUGCUGCUGCUGUAAUAUUUUCCCAUUGUCUGCAACACACAAAAAACACAAAACUCCUAUAAGGAAACAAGAGGUAUAUUUGGCAGUUAAAAUGAAUCCACUUCUGCUUUAUUGAAAAGUGAAGAAGAUCCAUGAAGUAGACAAGGAUUUGCUUUUUUAUUGUCAUCAAGGCUUAAUGUCAGGUUUUCUGGAUAUGGUACAACAUACCCUUUCCAGGAAAAAUAUACAGCAAAAAAUUAGGCCACUGUUAUUUAUGACCUUGAAAUAAACCAACCAAGUGAAAACUUUAAA